AUGAUUUGGUUACAGAGCAUAUCCAAGCUUCAAGCAGCUUUGGUUACGGCCGAGGAUAAUCUUUCUACACUUCCAUCUGAGCCACCCUAUUGUGAGUUUGAAUAUGUAUUACAAGGAUUGGGUUUUGAGCGAGGUUGGGGAGACACUACAGCAAAGGUAUUGGAGUUGAUACAUCUUCUCCGAGAUAUCGUAAAGGCUUCUGAUCCUACUACCUUGAAGACAUUUCUAGGGAAAGUACCAAUGGUUUUUAAUGAUGUCAUUUUGUCUCCACAUGGAUACUUUGGGCAAGAGAAUGUCUUAGGCUUACCAGACACCGAUGGGCAGGUUGUCUAUAUACUGGACCAAGUGUGUGCCCUCGAGAAUGAAAGGCGCCAAAAAGUCACUGAAACUACAUGCAACCAGCGGCUAGAAAGAGUCACUGGAACAGAGCACAGCCAUAUUCUGCGAGUUCCUUUCAGAUCAGAGAAUGGAAUUCUUCGUAAAUGGAUAUCAAGGUUUGAUGUAUGGUCUUAUUUGGAGACCUUUGCUGAGGAUGUUGCAGGUGAAACUACUGCUAAGUUACAGGGACAUCCAGAUUUUAUUAUUGGAAAUUACAGUUAUGGAAAUCUUGUUGCAUCUUUGUUGGCUUAUAAAAUGGGGGUUACACAGUGCACCAUCGCGCAUGCUUUGGAGAAAACAAAAUAUCCGGAUUCAGAUAUCUACUAGAAAAAAAUACGAUGAGA